CGUCCCCCUGCCUUGAGGUGGAUGGAGAUAACUGUCGAUGUGCGAACGUUUGAGCAUCAGACAGCUCAGGUUAGGGCCAUAGCAUCAUAGACAAAAGCCUAGUAUGCUGAAAUAGCAACGACUGAAAGUAUUUAAACAUGGCACCUAAAUCUAUGUCUGAAAAGUUUGCACACAUAGAGGAGAUUGAAUUGAAAGAGACUACUUGCAUUUGCAGGAAACAUUGUAAUAACUGUAAAAUCUUCCUGGGAUUCUUCGUCUUAUCCCUUUCAUUGCAUCUAGUAACGCUUUUCUGUUAUUUGGACCUGAGAUCGGAGGUGAAACGCGAGAUUCUCCAGAAGAACAGAGAGGAGACAGUGUCACCGGCCGCAGACGAUAUGAAUGACCGAUAUUCUCCAGUAUUCCAGCUGUUGGAUAUCAGCUACCCAACUGAUCUACAGCCACAGAAUAGAUUGCCUCUGGGGAACAGUGGGGAAAACUCUCACCUCACAGAAGACAGAGAAAAUGCCGUCCAUCGCACCAAAAGGAGCCAGCAGAAUAAACGACUUGAUUCAGAAUCACAUGGAAACAAACGGAAAGAAAGGAAGAAAGGCAAGAAAGGCCCUCCGGGUGCACCUGGCCCCCCAGGCCCUCCAGGGCCACAGGGGCCACCAGGUAUUCCUGGCAUCCCAGGUAUCCCUGGGAACAACGCCAUGGGUCCCUCAGGACCACCCGGACCGCCAGGCCCUGCUGGACCCCCAGGGCCACAGGGACCCCCUGGUCUUCAAGGACCCUCAGGGGGCAGAGUCAGAGAUAGCCAGCCUGCUGUGGUACAUCUCCAAGGCCAGGAAACAACAAUACAGGUCAAGGAAGAUCUUUCAGAAGGCGUACUGAGAAACUGGAAAAUGAUAUCCAUGCAUCACAAGGUGUUCAAGAUGCACUCGCGGUCUGGGGAGCUGGAGGUGCUGGUAGAUGGUACCUACUUCAUCUAUAGUCAGGUAGAAGUUUACUACCUCAACUUCACUGACAUUGCUAGCUAUGAGGUGAUGGUGGACAAGACGCCGUUCCUGCGCUGUACACGGAGCAUCGAGACUGGACAGCGAAAGUUCAACACCUGCUACACGGCUGGGGUGUGUCUGCUGCGUGCCCGGCAGAAGAUCUCCAUCAGGAUGGUGUACGAGGACACCUCCAUUAGCAUGACCAACCACACCACCUUCCUGGGGAGCAUCCGACUUGGGGAGGCCCCCUCAGCCAGCCACUCCUGAAGAAGCAGACACAGGCCCACCAAACUGACUGUCAAAUCAGGACCCAACCCUCAACCACCAUAUCCAUCUAUGGUUUGUGGGAGACUCCACCGACUCUACUCUGCCUCUACAACCAUCACCACCAUCUAUCACAUAUCGACCAAUGAGGAGAUGAGAAGGCCCACCUACUCCUGAGUUGACAUGUACAGUACAUUCAGUAUCCACCCUCAGGCUGGGCCAGGCCCCAUCCUCAGGCUACUACUGAGCUGAUAGGUCCCACCCUACCUGAUAUUAGGGUGUAAUGGUGUAAUGAUAUUAACACGCUGCCUGUUAUCUCUGAGUGGAAGAUUCUUUCCAAAGAGUGACGAUGACUCUGAUCUUCGGUGCUGAUUAUGGACAAAUAUGCACCCAACUUGUCAAGCAUUAAGAAAGGGAGGAGUUGCUGAUUUUUUUGGAAGAAAAAUACAUUAGGCUUUAAUUCUAGAAUAGUGCAUUUAUAGGGAAUAACUUGGUUUCCCUGAUCAUAACAUGCUUGAGAAACCAAGGUUGACAGGAGUCAUUCAAGUCUCCACUAAAAUAACUCUCUGUCAUGACAAAGUACAUAAAACACCUAUUAUACAUUAUUAAACAAAUGUAGAAUGCUUGUUUUUAUCUACCAAACUAAACCUAUUUGGAGAAGUGAAUGUGAUUGUUGGUGUGGUAUCAAUCCACUGAGUCAUAUAGGUCGUUAGCUAACAUGGGUACAUACUGUAAAAGCGUUUGAAUACAACAUAGAAAUACAAUGUGUGAGAGUUCUCUGAUGAAUUGAACAUGCACAGCUGAAGCACAAACAUUUCUCUGUUAGAAUGUGCACUGAUUAAAACAAAUGAUUGAUCUGUAGGCAAAUAUCUCUCUCUCUCUCUCUCCCUCUCUCUCUCUUUCUCUCUCUCUCUCUUAUUAAAUAACAAGGUCUUUAUGGAUGUUUCUUUUAGGUUUGAAAUGAAGUUGUUUGUCAAAUAUGGAAUCACCCAGAUUAAUACUGUAGAUUCAUUUUUCCAAAUUACUAACAUGACCUAAAAAUGACAUUCUUCAUGUUACUAUGUUGACCGUUCAUGAUCCCAAGGCUUGUCAUGGACACCAUUUAUAUUUCUUUGCUUUAUUUAGUUCUGCUUUGGUUUGUUUGAAAUAACCAAUUCACUUGUCAUUCCCUUUGAGCUGAACCAGUCAUGUCCUGUUUCUGGAAGGCCAUUUGUGUUUCAGUUUUUCUCAGAAGAAUUUUGUCUUUCCAUAUACAUAGGCAGCUUGAAUCUUUUGUGAAUAAUCACACACAGUCAAAACAUUUUUCAGCAUAUAACUCCUUUGCGUGUUCAUGUUUAUAUGUGAGUGGACACAUUAGUCUUUAAGGAAGCAUUUAAGAUUAUCUGUCAACAUUACAGUUUCUGGAUGUUUAUGAAACUGCUCUGCACUGUGCAUGUAUUAUAAAUAUUACAGGGUUUGGUCAAUCACCAUGCAGUCAACCUUCUGGAAAAUUGGUGACAAAAGCAGAAUCAUGUCCAGUUGUUUUGAAUUAGUUUGAUAACCGUUAUGGAAGGAAAGAUAGAUCAGACCAUUACCCAGGGAAGUUCAAGUGUAUUACUUUUCUGUUCUUAUGGAAAUUCUACAUCAUCCAUAAUGUCUGCAAUAAGAGUUGGAAUCAAACAUUACAACUUUCAGUUUAGAAACCUGACAAAAAGGGCAGUGAGUGUACCAUGUUCUUGUAGUAUUACUUUAGUUGUGUAGCAAUCAGAAUUAGUUUGGUUCAAUUCAGUGCUUAUUCAGUGUUCAUUCUCCAAUUCAUGCUUUGUGAUUAAAUUCAAUGCCUGAGUCAAGUUGAGUCAAGAUAGAAUUGUCCCAAACUCUGGUAGCUAUAGUCCUUUUAAUUCAAACACUGUUUAGUUUAAGUGUUUCAAUACAUUGUGGUAUGUAUUGUGAUAUGAAUUAUUUGGAUUGUUUGUAGGUAAAUAGGGUAUAAUUGUUUCCCUGCUUUGUUGACUAACAUGUACAUUUGUAUACUCUGUUGUGAUUGUAAAUAUGUAUAUAAAAUAGAAUUCUGUUUUUGUAAAUUG